UACCGUUAGUUCCAAGUGUACAAAACUACAACUUCAAGUUGGGCUUGUUCAGUUGCAAUGGCAUCGGUCGUAGUGACCUUCAAGUAAACACGGUCACUAACCUAUAUAUACAGUCGCAGGUACCACCGUAGCGCACUUAUAAUAUAGGAUGCACUUACACGCACUUGGUUGCAUCAUUAACCUUAUUCUUACACUAGUAUAAAGUAAGUGGUAGUCUCAGGCUGCCACAGAACUGAUAUCCUUAUCUUCCACCAGUGACCAGAUUACCCUACCGUGACGCACACAGCUGAAGCAGUGAUGUCUGUCCCAACUAGUUUUCGUGAAUAUCGCACCCAGGGUGAUGGCCACCAGAACUUGAAGCUUCAAUCAGUGACUCUCUCUAAGCCGAAGGCUACCGAGGUGACCAUCAAAAUACAUGCCGUCUCCCUGCAGUUUCGUGACUUGAUGGUCUCCAAAGGAAUCUACCCACAACAGAAACGAGACAUCGUUCCUUGCUCUGAUGGCGCAGGCGAGAUUGUUGCACUUGGGCAAGACGUCAAGGGGUGGAAAGUUGGAGAUCGUGUCUGCCCAAACUUUGCACUGGACCAUAUCCAUGGCGAUGUCACUGAAGACACCAAACUUACUGGACUUGGUGGUCAUAUCGAUGGCGUGCUCCGGGAGUACAUCAACGUCCCCGUUCACUCAUUGGUCCGCAUCCCAGAUCAUCUUUCAUACGAACAAGGGUCGACUCUUCCAUGCGCGGCGUUGACAGCUUACAACGCUUGUCUUGGACCCGUCCCUCUCAAAGGCGGAGACUACGUACUCGUUCUUGGUACCGGCGGCGUUUCAAUCUUCGGCGCUCAAUUAGCCCUUGCUUCUGGUGCGACCGUCAUCGUCACAUCAUCUUCUGAUGAAAAAUUACAAGUCGCGAAGAAAUUGGGUGUGCAGCACAUCAUCAACUACAAGAAGAACGUUAAAUGGGACGAAGAAGUUUUGAAUAUUACCGGCGGCCGUGGCGUUGACCACAUCAUCGAAGUGGGAGGGCCCAAUACCAUACUGAGAUGUAUCAAUGCCGUACGCCAUGCUGGAUGGAUUCAUAUCAUCGGCGUCGUGUCCGGGGGCGAUAACGGUAUUCCCGUAGGCCUUGCGAUCAUGAAAGCAAUCAACUUCCGCGGAAUUUUGGUUGGCUCUGUCAAACAGUUUGAGGACAUGAAUCGACUCCUUACAGCGCGCAAAAUCUGUCCAGUCAUAGACAAAGUGUUUCCCUUCGAGGAGGCUACUGAUGCUUAUGCGUACCUCGAGAGCCAGAAGCAUGUCGGAAAGGUAGUAAUCAAAUUAGCGUAAGGUGCAACCAUGCAAGGGUCAAGUGUAGGAAUCGAGCAAUCCCGUGUUGUACAAUAUAAGUAUGUGUAGGAAUUUAACAGUUAAAUAUUCAGUACGUGGCUGCCUCCAGACUCAUCUAUGUGAGAAACGACA